ACAUUUUUCUGUUUUCGAAAACGGACAGAGCAAAGGUGCUGCGAGAGCGAGAAGACACUUGAUGGAACUGUCUGUUGGGAUUCUUUUUUCCGCAUGUGCGAACUUCUUUGUAACACAGCUAAAUACAGCAGUUAGCUUGCAACGGAGCAUGCUAGGCGACAGAAGUUACCGUAGUAACUGAGCUGGGAACCCAAUAAACUACGAUCCCCUAUUGGCCAAUCAUACUUCAUUGUGGGUGGAGACUAAACAAAGAAGACAUCUUAAGGUUCCAGAGAGACUCAACCAGAGAAACGAGCUUCCAGAGACUAGAGACCAGACAGAGAACAAAGAGAGCCCUGAGUUAUGGAGACACAUCAGUGUGACACCUGUGGGAAGAGCCUUUCCUCAUCCAGUAGCCUCAAGCAGCACAGCAAGAUCCACACUGGAGAGAAGCCCUACAGCUGUGACCUCUGUGGUAAACGCUUUAUCCAUGCUGGAAGUUUAAGAGUUCACACCAGAAUCCAUACUGGAGAAAAGCCUUACAGCUGUGACCUCUGUGGUCAAACCUUUAGCCGUUCUUCUAGUUUCAGAGUUCACACCAGGAUCCAUACUGGAGAGAAGCCCUACAUCUGUGACCUUUGUGGUAAAAACUUUAGCCAGGCUGACAGUUUAAGAGUUCACACCAGAAUCCAUACUGGAGAAAAGCCCUACAGUUGUGACCUCUGUAGUAAAACCUUUAGCCGUUCUUCUAGUUUCAGAGUUCACAACAGGAUGCACACUGGAGAGAAGCCAUACAGCUGUGACCUCUGUAGUAAAUCCUUUAGCCAGGUUGGCCAUUUCAGAGUUCAUCGCAAGAGCCACACCGGAGAGAAGCCCUACAGCUGUGACCACUGUGGUCAAUCCUUCAGCAAACCUAGCAGUUUCAAAGUUCACCUCAUAAGGAAACACACUGGAGAGAAGCCCUACUUCUGUGAAUGCUGCAAUAAGUUAUUCUCUACUUCUACUGAGUUGAAGAGGCACAUGAUGAUCCACACUGGAGAGAAGCCCUACAGCUGUGACCUCUGUGGGAAAACCUUUAGCCAGAUUGGCAAUUUCAGAGCUCACAGCAGGGUCCACACUGGAGAGAAGCCCUACAGCUGUGACCUCUGUGAUAAAACCUUUAAACAGAGAGGGGAAUUCACAGUUCACCGCAGAAUCCACACAGGAGAGAAGCCUUACAGCUGUGACCUCUGUGGUAAAACCUUUAGCCAGGCUGGCCAUCUUAGAGUUCACUGCAGGAUCAACCAUGGAGAGAAGCCCUACAACUGUAACCUCUGUGGUAAAACCUUCAGUCAGCAUAGCCAUUUCAAAGUUCACACCAGAAUCCACACUGGAGAAGCCCUACAGCUGCCCACACUAUGUUUCCGUGCUCCACACAUGCACCUGACUGAAAUGAAUGACCAUUAUCAGGCUUCCACAGAGCUGACCUCUGUGACACAUCAGUGUGACACCUGUGGGAAGAGCCUUUCCUCAUCCAGUAGCCUCAAGCAGCACAGCAAGAUCCACACUGGAGAGAAGCCCUACAGCUGUGACCUCUGUGGUAAAUGCUUUAUCCAUGCUGGCAGUUUAAGAGUUCACACCAGAAUCCAUACUGGAGGAAAGCCUUACAGCUGUGACAUCUGUGGUAAACGCUUUAUUCAUGCUGGCAGUUUAAGAGUUCACACCAGAAUCCAUACUGGAGAAAAGCCCUACAGCUGUGAACUCUGUAGUCAAACCUUUAGCCAUACUUCUAGUUUCAGAGUUCACACCAGGAUCCAUACUGGAGAGAAGCCCUACAUCUGUGACCUCUGUGGUAAAAACUUUAGCCAGGCUGACAGUUUAAGAGUUCACACCAGAAUCCAUACUGGAGAAAAGCCCUACAGUUGUGACCUCUGUAGUAAAACCUUUAGCCGUUCUUCUAGUUUCAGAGUUCACAACAGGAUGCACACUGGAGAGAAGCCAUACAGCUGUGACCUCUGUAGUAAAUCCUUUAGCCAGGUUGGCCAUUUCAGAGUUCAUCGCAAGAUCCACACCGGAGAGAAGCCCUACAGCUGUGAACUCUGUGGUCAAUCCUUCGGCAAACCUAGCAGUUUCAAAGUUCACCUCAUAAGGAAACACACUGGAGAGAAGCCUUACUUCUGUGAAUGCUGCAAUAAGUUAUUCUCUACUUCUACUGAGUUGAAGAGGCACAUGAUGAUCCACACUGGAGAGAAGCCCUACAGCUGUGACCUCUGUGGGAAAACCUUUAACCAGAUUGGCAAUUUCAGAGCUCACAGCAGGGUCCACACUGGAGAAAAGCCCUACAGCUGUGACCUCUGUGAUAAAAACUUUAGCCUGAAGGGGGAUGUCAGAGUUCACCGCAGGAUCCACACCGGAGAAAAGCCCCACAGCUGUGACAUCUGUGGUAAAACAUUUAACCGGGCUGGCAAUCUUAGAACUCACCGCAGGAUCCACACUGGAGAGAAGCCCUACAGCUGCCCACACUGUGACUAUUCAUGUCAAACAAAUGGCAAUCUGAAGAGUCACCUGCGUAUCCACUAUAAAAAACAAAUCAAAGCAGUGAUGUCUAGGGCCAAGCUGUCCCAGCAGUCACCACCUGAGAGAACUUCUGUAUGACCCACAGCUGGAAGAACUACUGGCCUGCACCUACUGGGACAGCACAUGCAGUAACACCAGAUAUACAGUCCAACAUGACAGCACAUGCAGUAACACCAGAUAUACAGUCCAACAUGACAGCACAUGCAGUGACACCAGAUACAGUCCAACAUGACAGCACACACACAUUAUUUUUUUAUUGUUAUUUACUAUAUUGUAGUGCUGAUAGUUUCAUGAUGUUGUCAGUGUUAUCAUUGAAUCGCAUAAUUCCCUAUCAUCACUUGGUUCCAGUCUCUGUUACCUUUCUUGUAUUUGAUCAAUGUAAAGGCCUUAGACUGAUUUGAAAGGUGAUUUAAAAGGGGAUAAACAAAUAAAGUUAUCUGACCUAC